UCGCUGCUGGAGCUUUCAUGAGGCGUGUUUCUGUCUCUGCCGGGUCCUCGGAUUGGAUUUGCCCCUUUAUCAGUGCCCUACAGCCAGCCCAUCUCAUCUGUCAUUGGUAGUUUAACAGGAAGCGUCCCGCCUGGCCUGAAGCCGCCGCCUUGCCCUCACUGCUGUCGGUCUACUUACCGACAAGUGUGUGCGGCUCCUGUGUGAGAGCGGUGCAAUGAUAAAAGCCGCAUAUGCGGUAGGCAACACACCUCAGAGAGAAAAUAGCCCAGAAACCCGCCCGGCCCGGUCCACAGCGCGCCUCAGCCCGUUUCAUCGUCCACAGGGGGUCUGAAGAGCGGAAAUCACAAUGUCUUGGUCGUCAUCGGGGGGCAUUGCCAACGAUGUCACCCGCUACCUGUCAUCAGGGUCGGCACCUACCAACUCCCACUCCAAGUCCAACUCCAACUCCGUCUUCACAGCAGCAAGUCAGGCGGACUGGGCAGCCAAGAGGCUGGUGUGGGUCCCAUCGGAAAAGCAUGGUUUUGAGUCGGCCAGUAUUAAAGAGGAGCGUGGAGAUGAGGUGGAGGUGGAGUUGACGGACACACAGAAGCUGGUGACUCUGUCCAGAGAAGAGGUCCAGCGCAUGAACCCUCCACGCUUCAGCAAAGUGGAAGACAUGGCCGACCUCACCUGCCUCAACGAAGCUUCAGUCUUACACAACCUGAGGGAGAGAUACUACUCCGGUCUCAUAUACACAUAUUCGGGCCUCUUCUGUGUGGUAAUAAACCCGUACAAGAACCUGCCCAUCUACACAGAGUCCAUAGUGGAGAUGUACAGAGGGAAAAAACGCCACGAGAUGCCUCCACACAUUUAUGCCAUAUCAGAGGCGGCCUAUCGGAGCAUGCUGCAAGACAGAGAAGAUCAGUCAAUCCUUUGCACUGGAGAGUCUGGAGCAGGGAAAACAGAGAACACAAAAAAGGUGAUCCAGUAUUUGGCUCACGUCGCCUCCUCUCAUAAAGGCGGGACCCCAGGACGCCCCAAAGAAGCAAUACAGAGUAUGCAAUAUGGCGAGUUGGAGAGACAGCUCCUGCAGGCCAACCCAAUACUAGAAGCCUUCGGGAAUGCAAAGACUGUGAAAAAUGACAACUCGUCUAGAUUUGGCAAGUUCAUCCGCAUUAACUUUGACAUGGCCGGAUACAUUGUUGGUGCCAAUAUUGAGACCUACCUCUUAGAAAAGUCCAGAGCCACACGUCAGGCCAAGGAUGAACGGACUUUCCAUAUCUUCUACCAGAUGCUUAGUGGUGCUUCAGAUGAAACAAGAGCCGACCUGCUCUUGGGGACUGCAGACGAGUACCGCUUCCUCAGUGGAGGGUCGGUCCCAGUUCCAGGUCAAAGUGACUCAGAAAACUUCACUCAGACCAUGGACUCGAUGGCCAUCAUGGGCUUCACACCAGAGGAGUCAGUGUCCAUGUUAAAGGUCAUCUCUGCUGUGCUCCAGUUUGGGAAUAUUUCUUUCACAAAAGAGAAAAACCACGACCAGGCCUCGAUGCCCGACAACACGGCUGCCCAGAAACUCUGCCACCUGCUGGGCAUCAACGUCCUGGAGUUCACCCGCGCCAUCCUCACCCCCAGAAUCAAAGUGGGACGGGAGUACGUGCAGAAGGCCCAGACCAAAGAACAGGCUGACUUCGCAGUGGAGGCUCUGGCUAAGGCCACAUACGAGCGUCUGUUCCGGUGGCUCGUUCACAGGAUCAACAGAGCUCUGGACAGAAGGCAGAGACAAGGAGCCUCCUUCAUCGGGAUCCUUGAUAUCGCUGGAUUUGAAAUUUUCCAGCUGAACUCGUUUGAGCAGCUGUGCAUAAACUACACCAAUGAGAAGCUGCAGCAGCUGUUCAACCACACCAUGUUCAUCCUGGAGCAGGAGGAGUACCAGCGCGAGGGCAUCGAGUGGAACUUCAUUGACUUUGGCCUGGACCUGCAGCCAUGCAUAGACCUCAUAGAGAGACAUAAUAACCCUCCUGGUGUCCUGGCUCUCCUGGAUGAAGAGUGCUGGUUUCCGCGGGCAACAGAUCGUUCAUUCGUGGACAAACUCACGGGAGAGCAGGGCAGUCAUCCCAAAUUCUUCAAAUCAAAACAGCCACGCGGAGAGGCCGACUUCUCCAUCAUCCACUACGCUGGGAAGGUGGACUAUAAAGCAAACGAAUGGUUAAUAAAGAACAUGGAUCCUUUGAACGACAACGUAGCGUCUCUCCUCCAUCAGUCGUCUGAUCAUUUUGUGUCUGAGCUCUGGAAGGAAGUGGACAGGAUCAUAGGUCUAGACCAGGUGUCCACAGGUGAGAGCAGUGGCCCGGUGCCCUUCGGAGCAGCCGGAUUAAAGACCAAAAAGGGAAUGUUCAGGACCGUGGGACAGCUGUACAAAGAGUCCCUUACCAAACUCAUGGCCACUCUGAGGAACACCAACCCCAACUUCCUCCGCUGCAUCAUCCCCAACCACGAGAAGAGGGCAGGAAAGCUUGCUCCACACCUGGUUUUGGAUCAGCUUCGGUGCAAUGGUGUCCUGGAAGGUAUUCGGAUCUGCAGACAAGGAUUCCCAAAUCGCAUCCCAUUCCAAGAGUUCAGACAGAGAUAUGAGAUCCUAACACCUAACGCUAUUCCUCGCACCUUCAUGGACGGGAAACAAGCGUCAGAACUUAUGAUAAGGGCUUUAGAGCUGGACUCAAACCUGUUCAGAGUGGGGCAGAGUAAAGUCUUCUUCAGAGCUGGAGUUUUGGCUCAUCUUGAAGAAGAGCGAGACCUAAAGAUCACAGACACCAUCAUCCGUUUCCAGAGCGCUGCCAGGGGAUACCUCGCACGCAAAGCUUUCGCGAGGAAGCAGCAGCAGCUGAGCGCCUUACGGGUGAUGCAGAGGAACUGCGCCGCAUAUCUCAAACUCAGGAACUGGCAGUGGUGGCGCCUGUUCACAAAGGUGAAGCCGCUGCUGCAGGUGUCGCGACGGGACGAGGAGAUCCAGGUCCGACAGGCGGAGCUUCUAAAAGCCCAAGACAAACUGACCCGAGUGGAGCAGGACUACACCGAGCUGGACCAGAAACAUGCACAGCUGUUGGAGGAAAAGGCCUUGUUGGCAGACCAGCUCCAGGCCGAGGCGGAGCUGUUUGCGGAGGCGGAGGAGAUGAGGGCUCGGUUAGCGAGCAGGAAACAGGAGCUGGAAGAGGUGAUGAGUGAACUGGAGACUCGACUGGUGGAGGAGGAGGAGAGAGGGGUGCAGCUGAACAACGAGAAGAAGAAGCUGCAGCAGAACAUACAGGACCUGGAGGAGCAGUUAGAGGAGGAGGAAACUGCCCGCCAGCGCCUUCUGCUGGAGAAGGUCACACUUGAGACCAAAGUCAAAAGCCUGGAGACCGACCUGAUGGGUGCAGUGGAACAGAGAGAUCGAUUUAGCAAGGAAAAGAAACAGUUGGAGGAUCGUCUGAACGAAGUGACCGACCAGUUAACAGAAGAGGAAGAGAAAACCAAAAGCCUGAACAAACUUAAGAACAAACAAGAGGCCGUCAUCGCUGAUCUGGAGGAGCGUCUAAAGCGUGAGGAGCAGGGACGUCAGGAGCAGGAGAAAUGGAGGAGGAGGAUGGAGACUGAGUCGAUGGAGGCCCAGGAGCAGCUGUCGGACCUGGGCAUGGUCACGUCCGAGCUCAAGGGCAGUCUGACUCAGAAAGAGAAGGACAUCGCCACACUACAGGGACGUCUGGAGGAGGAGGGGGCACGCCGGGCUGAAGCACAGAAGGCUCUGAGGGAGGCCAUGUCCCAGGUGUCGGAGCUGAAGGAGGAGGUGGAGAAUGAACGAGGGAUGAGAGAACGAGCGGAGAAACAGAGACGAGACCUGGGGGAGGAGCUGGAGGCUCUGAGGACAGAACUGGAGGAUACACUGGACACUACUGCAGCACAGCAAGAGCUCAGGUCUCGGCGAGAGGCAGAACUCAAUGAUCUCCAGCGCUGUGUGGAAGAAGAAACUCGGCGUCAUGAGGCUCAGCUCUCAGAGAUAAGGGUCAAACACAGCUCCGCCAUUGACAGUCUGCAGGAGCAACUGGACAACACUAAGAGGGCUCGACAGUCUCUGGAAAAGGCCAAGUCAGUUUUGGAGGAAGAACGGCAGAGUUUGACAGAGGAAAUCAAAGGUCUCCAGGCUAGUCGAAUGGAGAGUGAGAGAGGACGGAAACGAGCAGAGAACCAGCUUCAGGAGCUCACAGCGCGUCUGAGUCAAGCCGACAGAGAGAGAGAAGAGCGGGAGGAGCGCAUGCACAAACUACAGUGUGAAAUCGAGUCUCUAUCAGGAAACCUUUCCUCUUCUGAUACAAAAUCUCUCCGUCUCACUAAAGAAGUCACCAGCUUGGAAAACCAGCUACACGACAUACAGGAACUGCUUGGGGAGGAGACUCGACAGAAGUUGGCUUUGGGGACGAGGGUCCGUGCUCUGGAGGAUGAGAAGAAUGUACUGAUGGAGAGAGUGGAAGACGAGGAGGAGAAAUCCAAAGAACUGAGCAAACAGAUACAGACACUCACUCAACAGUUGACAGACUUACGUAAACAGACAGAAGAGGUGAACACAGUAGUGGAAUCAGGAGAGGAAGCACGCAGGAAACUUCAGCGUGAACUGGACAGCGCCCUCCAGAGGGAGAAGCAGAAAGAGGAGGAAAAAGAACGAGUGGAGCGGCAGAGGGAGAGACUGAGAGAGGAGAUAGAGGACAUGACCCUGGCCUUACAGAAAGAGAGACAAAACUGCACCGCGCUGGAGAAGAGGCAGAAGAAAUUUGAUCAGUGUUUGGCAGAGGAGAAAGCCGUGAGUGCUCGUUUGGCCGAGGAGCGAGACAGAGCAGAAGCCGACAACCGUGAAAAAGAUACUAAAUAUUUAUCACUUUCAAGAGCUCUGCAGGAGGCCCAGGACCAGAGGGAGGAACUGGAGCGGAUCAACAAACAGCUCCGAAUGGAAAUGGAGCAACUGGUGAACCAACAGGAUGACGUUGGCAAAAAUGUCCAUGAGCUGGAGCGUGCACGUAGGUCUCUGGAGACAGAGGCCCAGAGCCUGAGGGUUCAAACUCAGGAACUGGAAGAGGAGCUGACGGAGGCGGAGAACUCUCGGCUCAGACUGGAGGUCACUCUGCAGGCCCUCAAAGCUCAGUUUGAAAGAGAGCUCAGCACCAGCGAAGAGAAGGGAGAAGAGAAGAGGAGGGCGCUCAGCAAACAGGUGCGUGAGUUGGAGAUCCAGUUAGAAGAGGAGCGGAGUCAGCGCUCUCAGGCCGUCAGCACCAAGAAACACCUGGAUGCAGAGCUGCAGGAUCUGGAAUCUCAGGUGGAAACAUCAAACAGAGGCAAAGAGGAGGCCAUGAAACAGCUGCGCAGGCUGCAGGCUCAACUAAAGGAGGUUUACCGAGAGCUGGAUGAGGCCAAAAUAACAAGAGAAGAAGUGAUGUCCCUGUCCAAAGAGAGUGAGAAGAAGGUCCAGGCUCUGGAGGCAGAAGUCCUGCAACUCACAGAGGAGCUGGCUGUAUCAGAGAGACAGAAGAGACAGGCUCAGCAGGAGAGAGAUGAGCUGGCAGAUGAAAUGAUCAACAACACCACUGGAAAAUCGGCCUUGGGUGAGGAGAAGCGUCGUCUGGAGGCGCGGGUGACUCAGCUGGAGGAGGAGCUGGAGGAGGAGCAGACGAACUCAGAGCUGAUCUCGGAGCGUCACAGGAAGCUGGCUCUGCAGGUGGAGACUCUGACAGUUCAGCUUCAGGGAGAGCGCACAUUGGCCCAGAAAGCGGAGGCAGCCCGGGAGCAGCUCGAGAGGCAAAACAAAGAGCUCAAGACCAGACUGGGAGAGAUGGAGGGGGCCGUGAGGGGCAAACACAGGCUCAACGUCGCCGCUCUAGAGGCCAAGGUGGAGUCACUGGAGGAGCAGCUUGAACAAGAGCAACAGGAACGUGCCAUUGCAAACAAAUUAGUGAGGAAGACAGAAAAGAAACUAAAGGAGGUCAUGAUGCAGGCUGAAGACGAGAGGAGACAUGCAGACCAGUACAGAGAACAGCUGGACAAGUCGAUGGUGCGUUUGAAACAGCUGAAGAGGCAGUUGGAGGAGGUGGAGGAGGAGAACUCGCGCUCAAAUGCUCAGAAGAGGAAACUGCAGCGAGAACUGGAGGAGCUCAACGACUGCAGCCAGACCAUGAACCGCGAGAUCUCGUCCCUCCGCACCCAGCUCAGCGGCCCUGGUACUGAAUGGCGUGCACCUUUACCUCUGUCUGUGCGCGGGCGGAGAGCUUUGGUGGAUUCACUGGAAAACUCUGAUAACGAGGAGCCCCCCGCCUCGCCCUCGUCUGGACUCCCAGGGACCCCCACGCCCUCCUCAGACAACAGCCUGGACCCCCCUGCCUCCUACAGCAUCAACAGCUCAGAGUGACGCCCCUUAAUGCCAAACACAGGAACAGCAACGCAUGACCUGGCCUCUCGCCUCCAGUACUCAGGGGUCAACGAGCUACAUGCACACUGCAAAAAAACUCAUGUCUAGAAUCAGAUAAAAUGACUUGAAUUCAGAAUAUUGAUUUUUAUUUUUGCUUUGACCAGUUUUAAUUUCAAUGUUAAUUUAAUUUCAGUUCAUAUUACUUGGAUAAUAAAAUUUUACCAUUGCAUUUGUAAUUGUAACUUUCUCAAUACAGUUUAACUUCAAAUAUCCGAAUAAUGUGCAUAUUUGUAAGUAAAAAUGACUUACUUUAUCAAUGGGUUUCAGUAUUAUUAUACAAAAAAAAAUCUGGACUGCUGCCAUAGCGAUUAACCAAAGCAAAAUAGUAUAUCUCUUGAGUGGUGAAAAGUCCUCAAAAUGUGGCCUAUACUCAACAGGAAGCUGAAACCCUGAAUGGGCCUGAAAUAAGAAGUCAAACAAAUAUAUAACAAAUAUAUCUUAACAUGUCCAAACUUAUUAAAUAAAAAUGAAACCAAUGAAUUCAAGUCAUUUUAACUUUGUAUUUUUUUGCAGUGCGGUCAGAUACGCACAUCAGACGCUGCAAUAUACAUAACCUCAUCCAGCAAUGCUCUUUAGGAUUUUAGACAAAUGCAGAAUUGCGGAUUUUUCAAAAAAGCUAAAUUAAUUUGUAUUUUGUAACUGACACAAGGCAAACUAACGACAUUUCUACAGAGUACUGCUUAUAAACCUUUCUUAGAGCUGCAUUUCUCAGUAACGUGUGGGAAAUUUAACCACUUUGCCAUUUUAGCUGUACAGUUUACAUUCGGGGGUAUUUUAAAAAACAAGCCAUGUGUGAGCAAAUUAUGCAGAAAAAAAGUGGUUUAAGUAACACGGGGCUGCUGGAGAGGGAACGCAUCUAAAAGGUCAUAAGACAAUCUCUUCUCGGUAGAUUUACAGUGGAUAAAAUGUUUAAUUAUUAAGACACGCCUUUGCUCUGGUUGAAAUUUAGAUUAAAAAAGCAAAUUUAAAUGCGCAAGAUAACAUUGUUUCAUAGUUUAAAGUCACGAUUUAAAGCCCACUGUGUAACAUUUCUGAUUGGGGGUCUGUCUGUCACCUGCUUGUCUCUUUAAAGAUGUAAUUACUAGGGCUGGGUAUCGGUAAGAAGUUGCAGAUACGAUACAUACCUCGAUACAUUGGCCAUGAUACGAUACAUAUCUUCACACAGUGUGCUUUCAAUACAGUAUAUUUCAAAUUGAUUCGAUACUGUUCAAUAAAAAAUAAAGGCUAAAUAAUGGCUAAAUGUGACACUAAAAUCUUUGUUAAACCAUGUCUAGUGCAACGUGAAUAUGAAAAACGCCAAUUUUACUCAUCAAAACAGUGAAAAUGUCAAAUGUGUUGCCAAAAUUAGUUUCUUUCCUCUAAACAAGCAACAAAUUUAUAGCGCUUUAACAAAAUAAUUAAGUAAAAUACACAAAAAAUACUGUUGGCGAUAUAUCGAUACAGCAGACCACAAUAUCGAUACUCUAUCAUCACGUUAAAUCAUACGAUAUGUUGAUAUUUUGAUAUUUUGACAUUUUUGCACAUCCCUAGCAGUUAGUUUACCUGGAAUGUUCCACUUUAUGGCAUUAAAAUUAGCAGGUUACACUACCAGACCCAGUUCCAGGUCAGGUCUGUGGAGAGGCGAGCCCACUCACAGUAAGAAUACAUGUUUUUCGAGGUAGUUUUUUUAGCUGAAUUUUUUUAAAUUGAAAAGAUGCAGUUUGAAACAUUUUGGGCAAAGUUAUGACUGGCAGAUCCCCUCCACCACAAAAGUUACACAGUGCAGCUUUAAUAGAUUAUUUAUUAAACCAUACAAUUCCACAUAAAUGCUUUAGCAGUGUACAACAUAUCAAAUAUUUUCCCCAAUUUUCAGGCAUAAACUCAUUUUCUGCUACAAUUUUUUAAGGUGGUUUGAUGAGUUGAAGCUAUUCACCUGCUUAACUAAGACAACACUGUUGCCCGUACCCCCUUUAUCCUUUAUUGCCACGUGACAUUUUUGUAAUUUUCCUAUUUACUUGUAAUUUAUCAUCCGAAAAUAACCUUUGUUGAACCAAGUGGUGGGCGUAUGGAUGAGAAAAAGGGACUUAGCGUAUUAGUAAACGUAGGUUAGCGUAGAGUAGCAAAUUCCUUUAGUAGAAUCUGGAAAGGUGCACUUCCCGACGACCUUUCUGGAUCAAAACUAGCAUGACAUUUUUACAUGACAUUAGAGUUAGAUAAAAAGACACAGAAGGCAUCCAGAAAUGAAUUUUGUAAAAAGAAAAAGUGCGUGUUUUUUAUGUGAAUUUAAAGAAUUGCGUCACAUAAACUGAUUUACCCUGCCUUCUUAUAUUUAUUAUUCAAAUUGUUUUUAUUUUUGUGUUAUUUCAUGAAAUAAUUUUGACAUAAAUAUCGAGAACUGUCUUAUGAGGAUGUGGUUUCGCAUCGGUAAGAAUGUCAUUUUAAAAGUUCAUUCCACCAAUUUAAAGUGGAACCAAACACUAAAUCCACUUUUUUCGCUACUUAACUGCGUAUGUGGAGUUUUAACAGCGUUAUCUAUUGCUCCAGGUAAUUUUUGGGCAACUUUAGUGCAAAAUAUAUAGGUACAUUUGCAGCUUUUUGGCCUUAUCUAAGUGUGUGCUGCCUCGAGUGACUUUUGCCACUUCCAGUAGUUGGUGACAUUACUCAGCACUGCUCUGAGUACAGUCAAAAAUUACCAAUUCCAUGCAUGGAUAAAUGAAAACUCAACCCGAAAUGCACAGUUUAAAAAUUGGUGAAAUGUUCUUUUAGCUUAAUUCUUGGAACUAAAUGAUUAAAUCAGAUGAGAGAAUGUUAUAACGAAUGCUUUAUUUUUAAGUUUACACACAAUUUGUUCGUGGGACAACAAUUAGAUUUUAGUGAUUUUUAGUGUUUUAAGAAUUUUUUAAUGCUUCCUCUUGUGCUUUACUUUCAUUUUCAUAUCUCCAAUGCUGCUGCAGUGAUGCAAAGCUAAAACCACAUCAAACUGCUAGUACUACAUGCUUUCAUUGUAUGGGUCUAUAUAUAAUGUACAUUUUAUUUGAUAAGCCAGGUUUAUCCUAAUGAUUCACAGGAACGCGGUAAGCAGUCGGGUCAAGAGUAGCUACUGACGACAUAUAUUUAAUGCCCAAUUACGGGUUUUUGAUUUGUUGUUUUUUUCUGUUUGUAUGAUUUUUUUAAGAAUGCAAAAUGAUUUUAUUUGAAGUUGUGUAUUUUUUCUAAGAUUUUCUGCACUUUACACUAGAGUGGGAGCUUCAACUUUAUCUCAAAUGGGCUGACGAAGCGCUAAAGCCAAAUGACAAGACAAAACUCUGUCUUUUAAUAAUUGUUAAGUCUAUUGAUGGCAAUGCUGAAACCUUACAAGGCCUUUAUGUAAAAAUCCAUUGUUUAAACUUAGGGGUGGGUGAUAUGGCAAAAAAAAUCUACAUUUUCUGAGACCCUAGAUCAUGAUUUCAAUUUAAUUAUAUGUCUUUGCAGCUUUAUUUAGGCUUUGUAAGGUUAGACACUUAAAAUCUGUAUUAAAAAUAAACACGUUGUCAUUUAUUUUCAUGAGUUUGGUCUUACCUAUUGUGUAAGUUAGGCACGUCUUGGACCUUGUUUACGUAAUGGUUGCUAGGUAAGUUAUGGAAAUCAACACAUAGCUGCUUCCAGUGUCCAACCACAAUGUAAUAUUAUAAAAACAGGCAAGAUUUUUUUGUAAAUUCUUAAUGCUGGCUAUGUUUUGGUGAAAUGAGUAGUCUAACCUGUCAUAUGCACUUUAAGUCAGUCACUCAGAGCAUGACAAAGGUUGACCAAUUGGAGAAGUGGAUGAGCUAAAGUGGCUGUAUUUGUAUUUACACGGAAAAGCACUGAAUCACUAUAGCUGUUCCAAAUUUUCAUAUCAUUUAAGGCUUAGAUCAUAUUUAGAUUUUAUCUCGUCAUAUCGCCCACUUCUUGUUGAACUGCUGAACAAAAACUACUAUGUAUUUGUAGCAAAGAGAAGUGCCCGGUUCUUCUCAAAGGUGUUAAGUUUCUUUCUAUUUUUGUUAAUGGCUACUGUGGAGAUUGAAGCUUUUUAGAACAAAUGUUUUAUUGUUUUGCUUUGAAUGAUGCUGUAACUAUAACAUGUGUGAAAGGGGGUAACUUUAAUAUAUGUCGUUGGUUUUGAAA